AAAUGUUGGGUAAUGUAGCAAAUGCUCGCCAAAUUUUUGAACGAUGGAUGCAAUGGGAACCUGAUGAAUCAGCGUGGAAUGCGUAUAUAAAAAUGGAAAAAAGAUAUAAUGAGAUUGAUAGAGCCAGAGCAAUUUAUGAAAGAUUUGUUAAUGUACAUCCCGAACCAAAAAAUUGGCUUAAAUGGAUAAAAUUUGAAGAAGAGCAAAAUAAUUUAGAAAUAUUUAGUCAAGCAAUUGAAACAUUGGGUGACGAUCAUAUGGAUCAAAAAAUUUUUAUUGCUUUUGCGAAAUUUGAGACUAGACUAAAAGAGUUUGAAAGAGCUCGAGUCAUUUAUAAGUAUUCUUUGGAAAAACUGCCUCGAUCAAAAUCUGAAUCGCUUUAUAAUGCAUAUACACAAUUUGAAAAGCAAUACGGAGACAAAGAUGGAAUUGAAGAUGUCGUCGUUGGGAAACGAAGGGCACAAUAUGAAGAGGAAUUAAAAACGAAUUCAAAGAAUUAUGAUAUAUGGUUUGAUUAUGCACGAUUAGAAGAGAAUGCAGGUGAUUCACAGAAAGUUCGAGAAAUUUAUGAGCGAGCAAUUGCACAAAUGCCGCCAACACAAGAAAAAAGAUUUUGGCGACGAUAUAUUUAUUUAUGGAUUUACUACGCUCUUUAUGAGGAACUCGAAACGAUGGAUUAUGAACGGACAAGACAAAUAUAUCAAGAAUGUAUUAAAUUGAUCCCUCAUAAGAAAUUCACAUUUGCGAAAAUGUGGUUACUUUACGCUCAAUUUGAGGUACGGCAAUUGAAUUUACAAGCUGCCAGGAAGACUCUGGGAAAUGCCAUAGCCAAUUGUUAUGCAUGGAUAAAAUUUGCGGAAUUAGAAAGAAUGCUAGGAGAUUAUGAUCGCUGCCGUGCAAUUUUCGAGCUUGCUGUUGAACAGCCUAUACUGGACAUGCCGGAAUUAUUAUGGAAAGCUUAUAUCGACUUCGAAUUUUCUGAAGAAGAAUUCAACAAAACAAGACUGUUAUAUGAAAGAUUGUUGGAAAAAACCGGUCACGUUAAAGUUUGGAUUAGUUUUGCACAAUUUGAAUUAAAUGCUGAUGAAGGAAAUCGUGAAAUAGCUGUUGAACGAGCUCGUAAAGUGUUCGAGAAAGCCUACGCCAGUAUGAAAGAGAAAGAAUUAAAAGAAGAGCGCGUUCUACUUCUUGAAUCGUGGAAAGAAUUUGAAAGUAAUAAUGGCACGGAAGAGAUGUUAUCUGCCGUUGAAGCGAAGAUGCCGAAAGUGGUGAAGAAACGACGGAAAUUGGAAGAAACUGAUGGACAAGGGGUCGUAUGGGAAGAAUACUUUGACUAUAUUUUCCCUGAUGAUCAAGCACAGCAACCGAAUUUCAGACUGUUGGCUAUUGCACAUGCUUGGCGCGCACAGGUUUGUUUUACUCAUUAA